UUCAUGUGAAAAUGAACCUACCACAAAAAUGGCUGCAAUUUCUCCUCUACAAACUCUCUCCUCUUCAAACAAACCCGCUAUCCAUGGCUACAGGUUGGGUGCACCUAGACUUGGUUCUCUGACCAUGAACCAGAAGAGAGGAUCUUUGACCGUGGUUGCGGCCGUUGGAGAUGUCUCCUCCGACGGCACAACCUAUCUAAUUGCAGGUGCAGCCGCAGUUGCAAUUCUGGGAACCGCAUUCCCUAUACUGUUCUCCCGCAAAGACACGUGUCCGGAGUGCGAUGGUGCAGGGUUUGUGAGGAAAUCGGGAGCGACGUUGAGGGCAAAUGCAGCUAGGAAGGACCAGACACAGAUUGUUUGUGCUAAUUGCAAUGGUUUAGGCAAACUCAAUCAAGUUGAUAAGUAGUUGAUUCAUUAUCUUUGCUGCUUCAAUUGGAGGGUUUCAUUUCUGUGUCUAAAGGCAACAAAUUGGUGUAAUUUAAAUGUUCUUGGUUAACUCAA